GGUUUCCGGCGCGAGGCGCUGUCGUCGCGCUGCUCGCCCCGAUGGCGGCCCCGCUGCUUCACACGCGGUUGUCCGGCGAUGCAGCCUCUGCGGUCGGCACGCUGGGCGCGUCGAGGACCGGGAUUUCAGAUGUGCUGGCAUUAGAGAAUGAUUUCUUCAAUUCCCCUCCAAGAAAAACUGUUCGGUUUGGUGGAACUGUGACAGAAGUCUUGCUGAAAUACAAAAAGGGUGAAACAAAGGAUUUUGAGCUGUUAAAGAAUCAGCUGUCGGAUCCAGACAUAAAGGAUGACCAGAUUGUAAACUGGCUGCUAGAGUUUCGCUCUUGUAUUAUGUACUUAACAAAAGACUUUGAGCAGCUUAUCAGCAUCAUCUUGAAAAUGCCUUGGCUGAGUAGAAGCCAGAUGGUAGUGGAGGAGUAUUUGGGAUUUCUUGGUAAUCUUGUGUCGGCACAGACUGUCUUCCUUAGACCAUGUCUCAGCAUGAUCACUUCUCAUUUUGUACCUCCCCGAGUGAUCAUUAAAGAAGGUGACGUAGAUGUUUCAGAUUCUGAUGACGAAGAUGAGAAUCUUCCUGCAAAUUUUGACACAUGUCACAGAGCCUUGCAAAUAAUAGCAAGAUACGUCCCAUCGACACCAUGGUUUCUUAUGCCAAUACUGGUGGAAAAAUUUCCAUUUGUUAGAAAAUCAGAGAGAACAUUGGAAUGUUACGUUCAUAACUUACUAAGGAUAAGUGUAUAUUUUCCAACCUUGAGGCGUGAAAUUCUGGAGCUUGUUAUUGAAAAGCUACUCAAGUUAGAUGUGAACGUGUCCCGGCAGGAUAUUGAAGAUGCUGAGGAGUCAGCAGCUCAGAGUUGUGGUGGGUCGGAUUCCACAGAGGGGUUGUUUAAUAUGGAUGAGGAUGAAGAAACUGAACGAGAAACAAAGGCCAAUCCUGAGCAGACUGGUCAGAUGGUCCACCCUGUAGCUGAACGUCUGGACAUCCUCCUUUCCUUGCUUUUAUCCUACAUUAAAGAUACCUGCUAUGUAGAUGGUAAGAUUGAGAACAGCAAGACCAAGGAUUUAUACCGCGAUCUGAUAGCCAUCUUUGACAAACUGCUGCUGCCCACUCAUGCCUCCUGCCACGUCCAGUUUUUCAUGUUUUACCUCUGCAGCUUCAAAUUGGGUUUUGCAGAAGCAUUUUUGGAACACCUUUGGAAAAAAUUGCAGGAUCCAAAUAAUCCUGCCAUCAUCAGACAAGCUGCUGGAAAUUAUAUUGGGAGCUUUUUGGCAAGAGCUAAAUUUAUUCCUCUUAUCACAGUAAAGUCAUGCCUCGAUCUUCUGGUUAACUGGCUGCACAUGUACCUCAACAACCAAGAUUCAGGAACGAAGGCUUUUUGUGAUGUUGCUCUCCAUGGACCGUUUUAUUCAGCCUGCCAAGCUGUGUUCUACACUUUUGUUUUUAGACACAAGCAGCUUUUAAGUGGAAACCUGAAGGAAGGUUUGAGGUAUCUCCAGAGUCUCAAUUUUGAGCGUAUAAUAAUGAGCCAGCUAAACCCACUGAAGAUUUGCCUGCCGUCCGUGGUUAAUUUUUUUGCUGCUAUCACAAAUAAGUACCAGCUAGUCUUCUGCUACACCAUCAUUGAGAAGAACAAUCGGCAGAUGCUUCCGGUUAUAAGAAACACGGCUGGUGGGGACUCCGUGCAGACCUGCACCAACCCACUGGAUACCUUCUUCCCUUUUGAUCCUUGUGUGCUUAAAAGGUCAAAGGAAUUCAUUAAUCCCAUUUAUCAGAUAUGGGAAGACAUGAGUGCUGAAGAGUUGCAGGAGUUUAAGAAACCCAUGAAAAAGGUGGCAAUGGAAGAUGAAGAUGAUGAUUUUUUGAAAGGUGAAGUGCCCCAGAGUGAUGGCAUGAUCGGGCUCACGCCGAGCUCCUUUGAUGCCCACUUCCGCAGCCCUUCCAGUAGCAUGGGUUCACCUCCUGUGUUGUACAUGCCAGACCAGUCCCCUGUGGUCUCCAGGAUCUGUGAUUGAAUUGGUGUUUUUCCCACUGUGCCCUUAGGGCCCACCACACCACUGGACAUCACUUUGGGCUAUAAGACGUACCUCAAACAUCAUGCUUUCAUGUUACAGACCGGACACCAGUUUGCUUUUGCUCAGUUUGCUUCCCUUACAAACAUGAGGAAAGAGCUGAAUAUCAUGUGCAAUAUUGUAUGGUGGGUUAAUGAUCAGCCUUGGAGACUGCACGUUAAUGUGUACAUCUUUUGUGUCUACAGCCUCUUGAUGUAGCUAUUGUAUCAUUUGAUAUGUGCAGCAACCUUUUAACAGAUGGCUUCUGUCAGGACCGUAGUCACAGGAGUUUGUUCUGGUUUUGGCAUUGGACCCUCCCAAUUAAUCUUCCAUGCAAAAAGACUUCUGCUGGAUGUUUACUUUAGCUGCAUUGUUUCAUUUCUGCUGUGAUUGUACUGUGAGGAGAAGGUGAGGGGAAGCAGGGGGUGCCAGAUCAGGGCUGGUGCUGAGUGUGGGCUGGCUUGACUGAAGGAGAAGGUGGGGGACUUUAGAGACCCACAGACCUGCAACUUAGAGGAUCCAGGGAAAUAGAAUCAGACAUGAGAGCAGCACAAAGGUCCACGUGAAAGCAACCAUGUUGUCUGGACUUCUUAGAACAAGUGAGUACUUCAGCCUUCAACCUUUGGACUUGAGCAUCCUGUCAACUGGCAGCAGUGACCUUGAGGUCAUUUUGGCCAACAUUAGUUGGUUAUGUUGAAAAUCACUUUGAGCACACAGGAAGACUUUUUGGCGUCAACUGCUUGAAUGGGUUUGGCAGUGACAGACCUGCGUUACUUCUGCACACUCCACCUCUCAGCUGUGCACAUCAUGGAUUUUGUCUGAGGAACUCGUUUGGCAAGCCUCUCUAGUUUUACUAACUAGACCUUCUAGCUCGGUGACAGGCGUGCUAGUACCGCCAUUCAUUUGGAAGAGCUCACCUGUCUUCCCUUCCUUGUGAGCGUACUCAGAACUUGUGAGAAUGAGCAUCCUUAAGUCUAUUUAUUUUUCUGCCACUUAUAUUUAUUUAAAGGCAAGUGAUAUUUUCUUGAUCACAAAUAUUUUGUAAUAUUUCCUCUUUCCUAGGGCUUUGUAUGAUCUCAUGUAAUUACAUUGAUGGUGAAUGUAGAAUUUGAAUUUAUCUGUAAAUACCUUUUUGGUAAAAAGAAAUUUUUAUUGUUUCUAAGAGUUUUAGAUAUUGAUUUUUCUUUUGCUGUCUUGUUAGAAAGUCACUUAGGAACCUCUUUUUAAACUGCUGGCAAGAAGAUGCAGUUGAAUAUUGAGUAAAAGGAAUCACAUUCAUAGAGCAUUAUGGGAAGUAGUUACCAUGUAGGACAUGAUUAUUACAAACACACCUGUUUAAUUUCAAAGGGGUUUGAGAAGAAAAUCCAUUGUGAAAAUAGAACAAUGCCCUGGCUCAUCUGAGGCUUUCUUCUUGUGCAGCUCAGGGGCCUUUGACUAAUAAAGACGUACCAUGCCGGUUUCUUUUGA